GUGCUCCUCCCCAUAUAAAUUGAGGAAGAAACAUAGCCAGGUACAGUCCCACACAAACAAUAUUCACCACCACUAACUUAAAAAAGAUUACUUUGUGUGAGAGACCUUCUCUAUAUCGUUGUCCAUGGCUACUACAAGAUCCAUCAAUUUGGCUUCUCAAUUCAUUAUCCUCACUCUUCUCUCUUCUUUUACCACCAUAUUGGUGGCCGGAGAUAACCAUGAAUUUGUUAGAACCAUGGACAGAAAGCUCUUUGGGCUCAAGAAAGAGAAGCUAAGCCAUUUUCGCUUGUAUUGGCAUGACAUCGUUUCAGGCAUUAACCCUACUGGUGUACAAGUGGCGGGGCCACCGCUGAACACUUCAAAAACAGGCUUUGGCCUUGUAAGAAUGAUCGACAACCCAUUAACGCUAGGCCCAGAAAUGAGCUCCAAGUUAGUUGGGAAAGCACAAGGGUUCUAUGCGCAAGCUUCCCAAGAAGAGAUCGGGUUGUUGAUGGCUAUGAAUUUUGCUUUUAUCGAAGGUAAGUAUAAUGGUAGCACUAUCACAGUACUAGGGCGGAACUCGGUGUUUUCAACAGUGAGAGAGAUGCCGGUGAUCGGAGGAAGUGGGCUUUUCCGGUUUGCUAGAGGCUAUGUUCAGGCAAAAACUCACAAGUUGGAUCUUGCCACAGGAGAUGCUGUUGUUGAGUAUAAUAUCUAUGUGUUGCAUUAUUGAUAGCUUUUUUCUUUUCUGGUCUGUUUUCUCCUCCUUCUUUUUUGUCUCCUAAUUAUUCAGUUUUACGUGGUGAUUAAUUAUGAUAAUUAAUGGGACCACUUUUUGAUUAUUAUAAUUAUAAUUAUUUUGUUUUCUGUUCUUUA